UAUUUAUCUGACCAAUUGAGGAACAGAUUAUGUAAAUUUUGGGGAUUACAACAUAUACUAUCGGCAUCAUGACAGAGAUCCUAUGCCCUAUAACUAUUGGCGUCUAUCAUGCCAUUCUUUUAGGCUAUAUCAAGAGGAACGAAUCUGAAGGUCUUUGUGUUAGAAAUCCAUGACUUUAUGUCGAGAUAUUUUCUGCAGAAAAUACUCACUAUGUUUUUUUAGACAUGCAAAUAUAUUUAUUUAACAUUCUUGAAGUUUUUUUGAAAAGGAUACAUGGUGUGGAUAAACAUGGGGAUACAUGGUGUGGAUAAACAUGGGGUCACUUCAUCUACUUUUAUAAUGUCACAGCUUCUUUGUUUUCUUUGUAAUACUGGCCAUCGCUUUCACAUAUUGUUCUGAUGCGUAUGAGCAAAGGUGUGGUUCUUUUUAUUUUGUUUAAUUGAAAACGAUCUUAUUAUUUCUUCUCCAGGUGCCUCCUGUGCAACUUUGACAUGGAAGGCGAGAAGCUAGAAGAGUGCGGGUACCUGCAUCUUGAUGAUUCCUCUCACUUGCUGCACACCAUUGUGCAUGCGAACGGCUAUGGGCAUCUUCUCCGAGUAAAUGGCCGUGAGGGUGGGUCGAGGCACCUUACUGGUCGUGACAUAAUGAGCUUCCGGGAUCACCUGUGCAAGGUGCUGCAUGUGAGGAAGGUCACUGUCAUGGACAUAUCCAAGAAGCACAGAAUGGACUGUAGGCUUCUGCAUGCCAUCACAACUGGGCAUCCAUGGUAUGGUGAAUGGGGAUACAAGUUUGGUGCCGGUAGCUUUGCUCAUACCUCAGAUACCUACCAGGAGGCGGUUGAUGUGCUCUCC